AUGACCAACAACGAUUUCUUUACCAGCAUACCCUUCCCUGGUCAACAGGGAAGAAGAGCUCACUCAUCAGAUCAAGAGAAUGUCGUUUCCUUCGCUCAUGCCAUCGCAGCACGCUUCGGAUCCGCUGAUCUUCUCACAGCACGUAUCCUCCCCGACGAAGAACAACGCCAAUCUCCACAAAAUAUUCUUUCACCACCUAAACCAAUCCUCCUACCGCUCUCCAAACCAGCUCCGCCAUCGCCAUUGCCCUCGUCCUCGUCAUCCACCUUCACCCCCGUUAUCACAUCCGACCUUGCGGAUUACCUCGCUGACCCCUCCAUCCUCAUCCUCGAUAUCCGCCCACAUGCCGCCCAUACCACUGCCCGUCUCCACCGAGCCCUCUCCCUUAGCAUCCCAAGCACUCUCAUCAAACGUCCUCUCUUUGGUCUCUCCAAGAUCGUUCAGAUGCUUCCUUCAUCAUCUGCACGUGCAAGAUUCGCAGCAUGGCCAACCGCAAAACGUAUAUUGGUGUAUGACGCUGACUCUGUCCUCGUUCCCGACACUAGUAAUAUUGCCGGUCUGCUCAGAAAAUUUCGCGCAGAGGGUUUCACAGGCGAACUCGCCUGGGUUAAAGGCGGUUUUCAGGCAGUGUGGAGAGACGCACGCCACUGCGCCACAACUGACCACCCAAGUCCGGACGAAGACGAUGCAGAAGGCACAGCCUCCUCUGGAGCAUUGCGUACAAAGCAUCUCCCUAAAGCUGCCUUUUCGCUUUCAACGACCAGUGCUGCAGCUUGUGGUACACCAGCAGCCGCAAAUGCUGCUAACCCUUUCUUCGAUACCAUUCGCCAAAAUUUGGAACUGAGCCAGGGAAUCACAGAACGCAUUCCCCUCCGCCUUCCCAGGCGCAUACGCAGACGAAUCAACGACCUCCCAUUUCGUUGGCUUCAAGAUAUCGCUGGUCGUUCAGCCCUCCGUCACUUUUCCUCUUCCUCUUUCCCAGGUGGAAUGAGUGUAGAGAGCGGUAGCGAGAGCUCUGAUGACCCUCAUGAUUCAGAUCCAGAAUCGAAUGACCCUGACGUUGAAGAAGGCGCUGAAACUCUUGCCAUGCAGUUUUACCGCAUAGAAUUAGCAGAGCAGAGGCGUCUGAGAACCGUCAUGGAACAUCAUGCAAGAGAGAGCGAGGUCAGCGCGUAUGCUGCUGCUGGUGCAUUUCCAUUUAGUAUUACAGCAGGCGUCGAGAAAGGUGCAAAGAACAGGUACAACCAUAUAUGGCCCUUCGAGCAUGCUCGUGUACGUCUUCAUGAUGGCCACAAACCACGCGACCCGUCACCCGCAGAUGACUACGUGAAUGCGUCGUACGUGCAGCCCUUGGGCACGCGCAAACGCUAUAUUGCGACCCAAGGCCCAUUACCCGCGACAUUCGUCGAUUUUUGGACUCUCGUCUGGGAACAGAACGUCCAUGUGAUUGUCAUGCUCACGCGCGAGAUCGAGAAUGCGAUGGUUAAAUGUGGGACGUACUGGACAGACUCAUCUUAUGGACCUCUUCAACUCGAACUCCUCAAAACCUCCCCGCCCGUCUCACCCUCUGCUCCUUCCAACACUCCCGCUGACGUUGGGUUUUUCAUGUCCCCGCGCGAGCACAGUGGGGAUUCGAAGCAGCCUAGUAUGAUCGUGAGGACCUUUGCCCUCAGUCAUCGAGGCUAUCCUGGCGUUCCACCUAGACAAGUGACGCAUCUGCAAUAUCUGGAGUGGCCCGAUAUGAACGUGCCCGAUGAUCCUCGCGGUGUAUUAGAGCUUGUGAAGCGCGUCGAACUCGCCGUUCAGGAAAGCACCCCAGAUGCAGGCACUAGGAGGAGGAGUGGACAUAAGGGGUGGCGGCAUCCUGAACUGGACAAGAAGACUGGCGUUGCUGCGUUUGCGCUUGGGACCAACCCACCUGUGCUGUUGCAUUGUUCAGCGGGUGUGGGCAGGACGGGAGGGUUUAUUGCGGUGGAUGCUGUGUUGGAUGCGAUUAAGAGGGAGUUGAAGCAGAGGAGAGAACUCAAGGCUCGGGCUUCUGCGCGCGCUCCUGUUGGCGUUGAUAAGCAGAUGAGUAAGAGUGUGGUUGGGGAGAACGGAAGUGGGACGGAGAGUGUUGGGACUGUCCCUCUCGCCAUGGGCGACCGGAAGAAAUCCCGCCGUCACCACGCACACAUUGGUGCAGCCAAAGAAGGCGAGGCGAGCUCUUCAGAGUCGCUUCUCGUGCAUGUGCCCUUCACAGAGGAGACAGUGGAUCUGGACCCAAGAUGGCAGAACUCAAGCUCGUCAACAAGAGAGUGGGCCGAGCAGGUUGUCAAGGCAGGGAGCGGGCGGUCUGGUUCCGGAGGGAGUGGUGGUAGCAGCGUCUCGGGAAGUGGGGCCUUCCCGCCCUCCUCCGUCUCCGUCUCCAUCUCUCGCUCCAGUUCUCAACCCAAUUCGGGUCAUAACUCGAUCUCCGCCUCUAAUUCAGGCUCUGGGACGAACACAUCAUCCAAUUCUGGCUUUUGGGGUAGCUCUGGCGUGGAGUCAGGGCUAACGGGCCUCAUGCGUGCUCGUCUGAGAGAUAGUUCAGUGACCUCACUUUCGAAUAUGGGCUCUGAUUUUUCGAGCGAGAAACCUCCAGUGUCGCUGCGCCAGCCGUCGGCAGUGCGUAUUGGCAACGAGGACGAAGAUGCCAUGGACGUUGAUGGGCCUCCGCGUCCUUCAUCUGUGCCGCUGCAGCCAGCCACGAGUGGUGUUAUUGCGCCAUCCGAACUAGACAAACGUGCGGCGGGCCAUGCCGUAAUCGAUUAUAAGCUUCCACGACAGCUGCAUCAGGACCUGUCGCCCGCACCAUUAAUGUCGCAUACCAACCCCAUCUGGACGAUCGUGCAAGAUAUGCGCGAGCAGCGGAUGAGUCUCUGCCAGAGCUUGCGGCAGUAUGUGUUCGUGCACGCGGCAGUCAUUGAGGGCGCCCUCAUGAUAGCGGACGAGGAGAGAGAGUUGUGGGGGGAAUGUUCUGGGAGCGAGGGGAGCUCAGAACCAGCGGCAGCCUCAGCGAGCAGUAGCAGUGGCAGCCAGAUACACCACGCUGCCUCGUCGGUCGUUUCAUCGUCGCUGUCGAAGUGGAAACGUGGCCCCAGCCCAACCGAACUACUUAAAGAAGACAAAUCCGGUAUUGUAUCGUUCGCGAAGCGCCCCAGUAUCAAACGCAGGACACCAAGCGAUGAAAAAGUCUUUACCGUUUUCGACUUAACCGCUGGCGCCCCACAGGCUUUUCCAGGUGGAACUGCGGUGUCGAAAAAUGAAUGUGGGAAUACGACUGGCAUGGGCAUUGGGUCUAUGACACCAGAGCGGGGUGGACCAUCUGCCACUGCGAAGCAGUGA